AUGGGCAGGGGAGCACUUUUUUUUGGUGAGCAUUUUAACCUCAUCCAAGGUUCACCGCGAGGCUCCACCAGUGCUAUCCAAUACUGGAUAGAUGAGAAGAUCAAAGAAUUGGCAAGUACUGAGAGAAAGAGCAUCAGGGGGCUCUUGUAUGGUGAGAAAGGGAGUGAUGUUGUGUCUAGCAAAGACAAGAGGAUAAAUAUUGACUCUCUGGACCCGAAUACUGGUGAGACUAGUGAAGCUGUGCAAAAGAAUGAUGGAGGGCGUGAUGGUGAGAGUAGUGAGGGGAAGGAGAAGGAAAAAGAUGACGAAGGGAGUGAUGAUGAGACAAGUAAGGAGGAGGAGGAGGACAAGGAGAAGGGUGAUAGGGGGAGUGAUGAUGAGACAAGUGAGGAGGAGAAUAAGUAA